AUGUAUCUAGUAACAAUCAUUCCCGGAAAACCUUCCCGACAUAACAUCAAUCAUACCUUGCGCAGGCUAGUCCAACAGUUGCUCCCUUUUUGGGAAGGAGUGUAUUACAUGUGUACUGCACGAUAUACUCUUGGUCGAACAAUCUUCGCGGUGCUAAUCCCUGCCGUAUGUGAUACGGAGGGUGCUCAUCAACUUUCGGGAUUCGCUUCACACAGCCAUACAUACUUUUGCAGACGAUGUUUACUUCCAAUUCAAGAUAUCCAUAACCUCGAUCCGGAGAAAUGGGUGAUGAGGGACUGGAAUAAGCAUCGACAGUUGGCUUUCGAAUGGAAAGAAGCCCCCAUGGCGCGACGUAAUACGAUCUACCAGGAGAACGGACUCCGGUGGUCAGAGCUAUUAGAUCUGCCAUACUGGGAUCCCAUUCGGUUUACGGUCAUUGACGAUAUGCACCUUGGAUAUCUUGGCCUUUUUGAGACACAUCUUCGUGAAAUAUGGAAGAUCGAUGACAAGAAAAAUGGUGGCAAUGGACUUCACCCGGACACUAAGGACCAAAAGAAGAUAUCUAACGCGAGUCUUCGGAAAUUUUUAAAUGAAAUUCGACAAAAUGAUCCAUCCUUGGGAUCUAUCCUGAAUCUUUUGGAGGAAAUCUGGGCCGACAUGAAAUGGACUGUUCUUCCGAACUGGAUUCAGCCGCCGCCCUCAGAAUGGGGCACAUCUGCUUCAGGCAAGCUCAGUGCUGAUGAAUAUAAAGUCAUCUGUUCGAUCUCACUAGUCAUCACUCUCAUUCGGGUUUGGGGUUAUGAAAAUGACAAGGGAGUCGACUCUCGUCGUUUCAAGAUGUUAGAGAACUUCUUGGACCUUGUUCACUCUAUGCGUGUCCUGUUUUUUCGUGAAACAUCACAAAAGUCGCGCGCCUACUACAAAUCUCAUAUCCUCAAAUACCUGCGUGGUGUCCUUGAGCUAUACCCUGAUUUUACCCUGAAGCCUAAUCACCAUCAUGCUGUUCACAUCGUUACUGAUCUGGAAACCAUGGGUCCGGGUCAUGCUCACAGUACACCAGUGUUCGAGCGCAUCAACCAUUCCUUACAACAACUCAAUACCAAUCGACGUCUGGGUAAGCUAAUGUACUCCUAA